ACUUAUCAUUAGAUAUGGCCACCGUUAUAGAGUACAUCGAAGCGUAAUCUUUAACUUAAUUUAGUGAGAUUAAACAGUAAUUUUGCAGCUCGGCCACCGUGGAAGGCGACAUGUUAUUGUCGGCAAGCUAAUGUUAGUUUUUACAUGUCUUUGGAGGCGGUUACUGCGUGGCAGGCCGGCUGCGAGAGUCUCCUAACUGGCCGCUUGGUCCCGCAGUUUGUCGAUGCUGAAGAAAAUAGAACCAGUUGCCAACCAAGCGGUCGGCACCCGACGGUCGCUCUGCGCGUCGCUGUGUGCUCGCCGAGGAUUCUGAUCUAGACUUUAAUUUGCAGGCUGUUGACUUUUGCAGCCGCUUGGAUUUUGGCGCUGAGUUGUUUAUACGUUUUAUGGUAAAAAAAAAAAAUAUAUUUGUUGGAGGUAGACUCGGGUGGCUAACAGCAACUAACGUUAGCUCUAUAACCCGAACUCGUGCGACGACAGCUGUCAUUGGAGAAAGGAAAGUGAUCCCCGCAAAUGCGUGUGCAACUGAAGCGGUUUUCUGUUGGAUUUACAUCAUCUGCCUUCCCAUCAAAUGGGCAAAGUUGGGAAUAACAUUACAACGUUGGAAUAUAAUGAUAUGCGUGAUGCAUUUUUGAGAACUGCGGUGUUGCUUCAUUGGAGAGGCUAGCUAACUCCAUUAGCUUGCUAGCUAGUUGGCUGAUAAAAGUGCGACGUUUCAUCCCCAGUAUUUUGGAUAUGAAGAGGAUAAUUCGCUAUUCAUAGGGCUGGAAGAAUGUCAUCGGAGGAUAAGACUGUGGAACCCUCUGACCAGGGACCUUCACCGCCCCCCAUCAGUGUAGGGGCCACGUCCACAGGAAGUCCUGCCCAUGCAGACAAGCGACCCCGUGGCAGGCCACGCAAGGAUGCUGCCGCCACCCCCUCCUCCGCCACCACCCCCUCCACCACCCCCCUACCCCAGGCACCACCCUCGGCCACGUCUAAGAACAGAAAGAAGGGUCGCACCCGAGGGAAAGCUGCUGUGGAUGAGGAGGACAGCAUGGAUGGGACUGAGAUAACAGAGCCAGCAAGCCCUCAGGACACAGAAACACCGAUCCAGCCAGUGGACCCUGCGGAAGUGGUGGCCACUGAGUUGCCAGAGGAGGACAGGCCCUCUUCCCCUCUGGCCCAGAGCCCUCCAGCCGAGAGUUCAGCAGGACCAUCUGUCCCAGCCAGCAGAGAAGUCCAAAGCAGGGAACGUCUCUGUGCCUUCUGUUACUGCGGUGGCCGCAGCCUGCUGGGUCAGGGUGAGCUGCAAGUAUUCAGCACCACGCCUCAGUUUGAAGCCCUCUUCAGCCACAAGGGCACAGGAGGCUCAGCGAGCGCUAGCAGCGAUGGUGAUAAAACCACUCAGCCAAAAACGGCCGGAGAGACCACCUCAGGACAGAGGGAAAAGACAAAUGGGUCUGAACGCUGCGAGGAAGAACUAGACCCAGCCAGUCGAUCUUGGGACGAACUUUCCCAUGUCGGCCUCCCGCAAGAUCUUAACGUCCAGUCUCUCUUCGAGUCAGGGCAAUGCUGGGCACAUCAGAGCUGUGCCUUGUGGUCCGAAGGUGUUUGUGAGGGCGAGGGACAAUCUCUGCUUAAUGUGGACAGAGCCAUUGACUCAGGGAGCACAAAGCACUGUGCAUACUGUAAGCGCCUUGGAGCAUCCGUUAAGUGCUGUGCUGAAGGAUGUGCUCAACUCUACCAUUUCCCCUGUGCGGGGGCAGCCGGGACCUUUCAGGAUAUCAGGAGUCUCUCGCUCCUAUGCCCAGAACACGUUGAACUGGCCCUUCACAAAUUUGUCGAUGAUGUAAAUUGCGCGCUAUGUGAUAGCCCAGGGGAGCUACUGGACCAGCUCUUCUGCACCAGUUGUGGUCAGCAUUACCAUGGGAUGUGCCUGGACAUGGCCGUGACCCCUCUGAGGAAGGCAGGCUGGCAGUGCCCCGAGUGCAAAAUCUGCCAGACGUGCAAGAACCCAGGAGAGGACACUAAAAUGCUGGUGUGUGACAUGUGUGAUAAAGGCUACCACACCUUCUGUCUGCAACCGGCCAUAGACUCUCUUCCCACCAACGGAUGGCGAUGUAAGAGCUGCAGAGUAUGCAUCCAAUGUGGGACACGGACCAGCGGGCAAUGGCACCACACCAGCCUGCUGUGUGAGAACUGCGUCCAAAACCAGGACCCCGCUCUGUGCUGUUCUAUGUGUGCCUGCAUCCUGGACCCUGAGCAUCAUAAAGACUUACUCUUCUGCCAGACUUGUAAGAGAUGGCUACACCUGGAGUGCGAGCGUCAGAACUCAGGCCAAGCAGAGAUCCACCCCGGAGAGGACUAUGUUUGUUCCAACUGCAGGCCUCCUGCUGCAGAGCAGGCGCUACAGGCAGAGGAUAUGGACACCGGCCCGGAGCUCAGCCCUCAGCCAGCCCCAAUGCACAUAGACUCUGAGACUGGUCUGCAGCCCGCUCCAAAGCACACGGACAUAGAACCUGGCACUCAGGGGUCUCCUGAAAUGCACAAUGACCCCAAACCGGAAUUACUCGCUGUUCCAUUGCACUCGGAUCCAGAGCCUGUUCAGGCUACCGUCCAGGAGGAGAAUCUGGCCACGUCAGCCCAAAAGCCUGAAGUGUCAGUGGGAGCGGACGUUGAGAAGCAGGUCACCCAAGCUCCUCUCCACCAAAUCAGACCAGAAACGGAACCAGCGUUACGAGUCCAGCUUACAACUACCGAGAGUCCUGCGUCUCCAGCGACUCCCAGCCACGAGUCUGAGUCUUUUCCUGCCCAGCUCUCCGUAGAAGCACUACAGACACAGGAUGCCGCGUUACAAAUCAAACCAGCAAAGACCGAGGCCCGCCCCGAGCAGGGCGCGGCCGACCCCAGCACAAAGGAUUUUAAGGCCAUCAUCUCAACCACCAAAGAACCAAGUACUGCAUCAGUACCUUUCACGGACCAACCAAUGGAAGUCUCGCAUCCCGAGCCUUCGAGCAUGGACGGGGUCAGGGCUUCACUCCUGGAGACUGCUCCAGAAGAACUCAACAAGGAGAGGACGCAGGGUGUUUUUCACAGGAACCCGGCGGAGACUGUUACGCCCUCGGCCUCCGGUCCAUCAGUGGAGAUGUACGUUACAACGGAGAGCAAGUCCAACGUGUCGUUUCCCUGCCUGCCCGCCGAGGAGAAACCACUCAAGACAUCCGCGGAAAGGUUGGCGGAAAUGGUUUCCUCUCCGUGCCACUCGUCCCCUCUGGGCCGAGGGACGUCUCCCAGAGAGCUGAGCCAGAGCCUCCCGUUGCUGGGUGACCACAGCGGUGUAAUACCCACCACCACCCUCAUACCACUCACCCCUAAGAUUGGAAUGGGAAAGCCAGCCAUCACCAAGAGGAAGUUCUCUCCCGGGAGGCCUCGGGUGAAGCAGGGUGCAUGGAGCCCCCAUAGCAGUGUGAGCUCCCCCUUGUCCUGGUCGCCAGACCAGCAAGAGGGGUGGGACGUCUCAAAGACCAGGCAGUCCUCUGGCAGCCCCGGCUGGAGCAUCAGAGUGGGUCGCGGCUCAGGCUUCCCCGGGAGGAGGAGGCCCAGAGGGGCCGGUCUGUCAGGUAGAGCUGGACGUGGCAGAGCCAGAGGCAAGAAUGGAGUGAGUCCCGGCAUGAACCCUGGGGUCACCACGAUAGAAACGCCAUACCUGGUCAAGGACGAGGAGGAGAAUGCCAUGCACAACACAGUCGUCAUAUUCUCCAGCAACGACAAUUUCACGCUAAAACAGGACAUGUGUGUCGUCUGUGGAAGUUUUGGGCUUGGUGCAGAGGGCCGUCUUUUGGCCUGCGCUCAAUGUGGGCAGUGUUACCAUCCAUUCUGUGUCGGCAUAAAGAUCACCAAGGUGGUGCUGAGUAAAGGUUGGCGUUGUCUCGAGUGUACAGUGUGCGAGGCCUGUGGUCAGGCCACAGAUCCUGGCCGCUUGCUACUGUGUGAUGACUGUGACAUCAGCUAUCACACCUACUGCCUGGACCCUCCAUUGCAAAACGUUCCCAAGGACAGCUGGAAGUGCAAGUGGUGUGUGUCCUGUACCCAGUGUGGUGCCACUACCCCAGGCCUAAGGUGUGAGUGGCAGAAUAAUUACACCCAAUGUGCCCCCUGUGCCAGCCUUGCAACAUGCCCCAUCUGCCUGCUGGACUACAGCGAAGGCACCGUGAUUGUGCAGUGCCGCCAAUGUGACAGAUGGUUCCAUGCGUCUUGUCAGGCCCUCCAUUCAGACGAAGACGUAGAAAAAGCAGCAGACAAUAACUUUGACUGCACAAUGUGUCGAGCUUUCAAAAGCACUAAAGUUGUGACCAAGGCCAGAGACGUCAUUGAACCUGUAGUCAUGACGCAGAUUGUCACAAAGGCUAAAGAAAUGGAUCUGUCGAGGACCUACACACAGGAUGGCGUUUGUUUGACAGAGUCGGGGCUUUGUCAGCUCCAGAGUUUGUCCGCUACGGCGUCGCGGCGCAGGAAACCCAAGCCGAAGCUGAAGCUGAAGAUCAUUAACCAGAACAGUGUGGCAGUUCUCCAGGCUCCUGUAGACCCGCUCUCGGAGCACUCUCGUGAUGAAGACAUAGAGGACAACAGAGAGGCGGAGCUCCUCGAUUGCGAAGCAAAGUCUGACUCCAGCCUCGAGCGAGAGCCAGCAGAAGAAGACUCCAAGGGGCCCGACGGCGGCAAGAAGAGGAAGAGGAAACCGUACAGGCCGGGCAUUGGCGGGUUUAUGGUCCGCCAGAGGAGCCGUCCGGGUCAGGGUCCAGGCAAAGCCAAACGAGCCCUCUGCAGGAAGGAUUCCACUGGCUCCAUGUCAGAGAAUCCCUUUGGGAAAGAUGAGGGAUGGACGGAGACUCUGCCAAAUACUCCUGUGGAUGAGACGCCCCCCGGACCAGAGGUGCCAGAAAAGAUAAAGAAACGCUACCGCAAGAAGAAAACAAAACUGGAGGAAGCUUUUCCCACCUAUCUGCAGGAAGCGUUCUUUGGGAAAGACCUACUGGACAAAAGCAAGCAGAGGAGGCAGCAGGGGCCUGAAUCAGGCUUAAUGGACGACGGGCAAAGCCAGGGGAAGAGGAAGCACCCCACCACCAGCUUCCUGGAUCCUUCUUCGGACCCUCUGCUCAGCGCUUCGGCCACCUCCCUCCCCGCCAGACCAGCAGCAGCACAGACGGCUGAGGAACCAUUAGUUGAUCUAUCUGAUGUUCUGAACACUGAUGCAGACAUCUUGGGAAUGCUCGGAAAGCCAAGCAGUGACUCUGGUCUUGAUUUUUGCCCCUUCCAGGUUGACAGCUCACCUCCUCCUUUUGCUGGUUUGGAUAUCGGGGCCCUGGCAGACGGUUCCCCAGUGGCGCUCCAGUCUCAGGCUGGCCGGAGGACCCCUCGAACCCUCCCAGAGGAACCCUUGGACGGUAUUCUCAGCCCAGAGCUGGACAAGAUGGUCACUGAUGAAUCAAUUCUCAGCAAACUUUACAAAAUUCCAGAGCUGGAGGGAAAAGAUGUGGAGGAUCUCUUCACGGCAGUCCUCAGCCCCAGCACGAGCCGACCACCUCUACCACAGGUGCCUCACCCCCAGGGUCCGGGUUCCCUCCCUGCCACGCCUGGCACUAGCAUUUCUCAUCCCAACGCAGGGAAUUCCAUGUUUCCAAGGAUGCCAAUGAUCAAUGGCAUGAUGGGUCCAAACCAACGCUUCCCUUCAAAUCCAGGAGCAGGGCCCUGCAUCCCAGAAGAUUUCGCCCCCCUCAACCGUAUGCCUUUCACUGACAAUCCAAGGGAUAGAAAGUUUAAUCAGAUGCCUCGAGAGGCCGUCGGUCCGUGGCUCUCCCCUUCCCAUGGCGCCGGCCCCACAACCCCUGGACCUCUGCCUGAGGGGGAGACUGAAGCCAUGUCAAAUGCCCAAAGGAGUACACUCAAGUGGGAGAAAGAGGAGACACUUGGGGAACUGGCCACCGUUGCGCCAGUCCUAUAUACAAAUGUCAAUUUUCCCAACCUCAAAGAAGAAUACCCAGAUUGGUCUACGAGAGUAAAGCAAAUUGCAAAACUCUGGAGGAAAGCUAGUUCCCAAGACAGGGCCCCAUAUGUGCAAAAGGCAAGAGAUAACCGAGCAGCCCUGCGCAUCAACAAAGUCCAGAUGUCGAAUGAGACGGUGAAGAGGCACCAUCCGCAGCAACAGCCCCCUGAGGUGUUUGAUCCCAACAUACCACUAGACACAGAACUGCUGUUUAAAGACCCUUUGAAACCAAAAGAGUCAGAGCAUGAACAAGAGUGGAAGUUUAGACAGCAAAUGAGGCAGAAAAGCAAACAGCAAGCCAAAAUUGAAGCCACUCAGAAAUUGGAGCAAGUUAAGAAUGAGCAACUGCAGCAACAACAGCAGCAGCAGAGCAACAGCCAGUCAGAGGAAGAUGGCAACAACAGUGGAAACCAGAGCCCGGCCUCCCAGCCCAGCAAUGGCAGCAUGUCCCCCAUUCAGCAGCUCAAUUCUAAAGACGGCUUUGCCAGGCCGCAGCUACCAGGGACGCCAACUUCAGGUCCCCCAGAGGAUGUGUUCCUACGACCACCUCCUCCCCCUCCAUCCGGCUCUUCGUCCCAGCCUCAGUCCCCACAGGUGUUCUCACCGGGUUCCUCUGGUUCCAGACCCUCUUCUCCAUGGGACCCAUAUGCCAAGAUGGUUGGGACCCCGAGACCUCCAAAUACAUGUCGCAGAAUGGCUGUGGAAUCUGGUAAAUCCCCCACGUCCUUGAUGGAGCAGCAGGACAGAGGGAGACCCUCCCCUGUUAAUGAAUCUUUUGGCUCUCCAACAUCAAUGAGCAGUGACCCUUAUGCCAAACCACCGGACACGCCAAGGCCAACUGGGGAAAUGGACCCCUUCCUGAAGCCCAUGGGUCCCCCAAGGGCCAGUCAGGCUGCUCAGGGAAGGCCCCCCAUGGGCUCUCCGGGCAGAGACCCAUACUCAAGGCCCAUGAUAAGGAAUGAGGCCUACCAGCGCAUGGCCCAGAACCGGAUGAUCUUGUCUGACCCUUACUCAAGGCCUUUACUAACACCAAUCCCUGGAAGUAAUGAAUCUGGCUCAGUCCCUCUGUUCAAAACCCCUAUGCCCCCUCCUCAGGCUCAGGAUACCUUCAACCGACCCGGCCCAUAUCCUACCGACAGGUUCUCCCAGAAUCAGCUCAAUGACCCCUAUGCUCAGCCUCCGCAUACCCCGAGACCAUGCGGAAAUGACAACUUCACCAGUCCUCCUCGAAUGGGACAACAUCACCCUCAGGUGCACCCGUUUUCUCAGCCAGGACCAAUGACUCAAAUGUCUAGAAACCCCUACGCCCAUGCACCUUCUACUCCGAGGCCCGACCACUUCACCUAUGACCCUUUCGCCCAGCCCCCUGGAUCCAACAAACCGGCCACUGACCCUUUCUCUCAGUCUACAGGUAACCAACGAUCCAUGAAUGAAGCCAGUGCUCAACCUCGCCCAUUUUUUGAGCCCUAUGCCCGACCCCCCGGCACCCCGCGUCCACACGACAACUACGGUCAGCCUUCAAACGCCUCUAACCCGUCUUCAGACCCCUACUCACAAGCUCCUUCUACUCCUCGACCAAGUGGGAUGAACCAGUUCACACAUCAGCCGCACCAUGGACAGAGGAUGUCCCCUUCCCACUCAGUGGACCCUUACGCUCAGCCACCAGGUACUCCACGGCCCUCUGUUGGAGACAGGUUUUCUAAGUCCCCGGGCAGCCAGAGGGGGACAAUAGAGCCAUUUACCAGUACGCCCGGGACAUCUAGGCCAGGGAGCAGUGACAUGUUUCCCCAGCCUGGGGCUUCCAGACCGAUGCUCAGUGACCCCUACGCCCAGCCCCCAGGGACCCCACGGCCUGGUCCUGAUGUGCUCGGCAGACAAGGACCAAGGCUAGGACUGAUGGGAAGCCAGGAUCUUUUCUCCCCACCUCAAGGCCGACUUCACGAGACCUUUCCUCAUCCAGGCUCACAAACACCGAAACACCCCAGUGUUUCAGAAGAUGGAUUCACACAGUCACCCUCCAGGAGACCCAUUCAAACACCCGGCCAUGACCCAUAUGAGCAAGCCCCCAUGACCCCUCGGCCACAGUCGAUGGAGAAAAUGGAAAUGAAAGAUCAGUCAUUUCUAGGUAACAAUGGAACUGUUCUUCAUGACCCGGGCCAUCUGUCUAACAACCCGCAAAUGCAUGGUACUUCCUCUGAAGGCGUUGCUCUCGCUGAGAGUGAGGAGAGACUUAGACAGCGACAAAGAAUUAGAGAGCUAAUCCUCAAGCAGCAGCAACAGAGGAGUGCUAUUCGACAGGAGAGGGGCCCUCAGGAACCCGCUGGCAUCAUAACCCCAGGAGCAGCACGGCCCUGGCCCCAGGAGGGCCCUGGGCAUCAGGGGGAAAUGUUCAACCGGCCUCCCCCACCUUAUCCUGGACAAGGACCCAUGAGAGGGCCAAUGCGGUUUCCUGGACCUUUUCUAGGCAAUCAGCGUGGCCCUUUCCCUAAUGACGGACAACUCCCCAGGGGCCCACAUCCUGGAGAUCCUAGUUUGAGACAUCCAGGACCAAGGUUUGCGUUUCCACCUGGGGCUCUUGGACCUCAUGGGGCCCAAGAGUUCUUCCCUCGAGGGCAACACCCAAUGCAGGACGUCCCUCCUCAAAUGCGACGGUCCAUGUCUGCCGAAAUGGCAAAGAACAUGGGGGGUAACCCAAUGGGGCUUCCCCAGCACUUCCCGCCGCGUGGCAUGCCAGUGCAGCAGCACAACAUAAUGGGUCAGCCUUUCAUCGAGCUGCGACACAGAGCCAUAGAAAACAGGUCUCGUAUGCCGUUUCCGCCUGGUGCUAUGCAAGGAAGCCACAUGGAUCUCAAUCUGCAGGGUCAGCGGCUACCGGGAUUCCAAGGAACACCCGACUCCAGGUUCCCUUUUAAUCAGGGGGCCAGGAUGAUGGACCCCAUGGCCAGCAACAGUGGGCAUGUACAGCUGUCUGCCAGCAUGGACAAUCUUCAUCAGCACGCCCAAAUGUCAGGAAACCACGCACUCAGACAAUCCCAUUUGAUGAGAUCCAUGAGCCAGCCUGCUUCAAAUGAGACCCAGAACAUGGCAGCCUCUAUGAUCCUGACGGCGCACCCUGCUGGGCAGACUGAGGGAGGCUCCGUGUCCGGUAGUGAAGGUGUGGAGGAGAAACUGGAUGCAGAAGAAUCAGCUGUCAAAGAUCUUGAGGACGUGGAGGUGAAAGACUUGGUGGAUGCUGACUUGGAAAAUCUCAAUUUGGACCCUGAAGAUGGCAAAGACUUGGAUCUGGAGACGAAUGACCUACACCUUGAUGACUUCCUAAAAUCUGGGAAAUUUGACAUCAUUGCCUAUACGGACCCUGACCUAGAUGACAUCAAGAAAGACAUGUUUAAUCACGAACUGGAUCUCAGUGAUCCUAUGGAUGACAGUGCAGACACCACAGACAUCAACAAAAACACCUGCACAGGAAGUGGGGCGUCGUCCAGUUCGGCAUCACUUUCUGCAAUGUCGGAGUCCUCCGGGGUUCAGUCGGUAGCUGAAGUUAAGCUAGAAGCCCCCGGGAGUCAGGACUCUGCUUCUUUGGCACUUGGACAAGAAAUUAAAAUGGAAGUCAAAGACUGUAAGCAACUCUCUGAUGUUGUAGACCAGCAAACCUCAAACCAGCAGGGAGGGCUCUCUGACUCCACCCCGGUGCUGUCUGGUUUACUCAUAAAGCAGCAGCCUGAGGAACAGUCAUUAAAUCCAAUCAUUGAGUCUGUCAGUCAAGGAGUUAACCUCAUGCCCCAGCCGAACCAAGCCACCGACACGGGACUUACCGACACUGCAGGAGAAACCUCUAUGAGCGACUUUGGGGAAGAUGGAUUGGACCAGAGUGUUCUGGACCAGAGCGGCCUGAUGCUGGCCCAGCAGGUGGCCUUGAGCCAGGCGUUGGGUCAGCACGGCCAACUGCACCGUCCUCUCCUGCUAGAGGAGCAGCCACUCCUAUUGCAGGACCUUCUCGACCAGGAGAGGCAGGAGCAACAGCAGCAGAGGCAGAUGCAGGCCAUGAUACGCCAGCGCUCCAGCGACUCCUUCUUCCCCAACAUCGAUUUUGAUGCCAUCACUGAUCCCAUCAUGAAAGCUAAAAUGGUUGCUCUGAAAGGCAUCAACAAAGUCAUGGUUCAGAACAACAUGGGGAUGGCCCCAAUGGUCAUGAACAGAUUUCCUCCUGGUCCUCCACCACCUUGUCCCGAAAGCACACCGCUUCCUCCACAAGUUGUUGGACAGGAUGGAAAACUGACACAAGUAGCAAGACCGACUCCUCCAAACUUUGGACCAGGAUUUGUCAACAAUGCUCAGAGGGCUCAAUACGAGGAGUGGCUCCAGGAGACUCAGCAACUACUUCAGAUGCAGCAGAAGUUUCUGGAAGAGAAGAUUGGGGCCCACAGGAAGUCUAAGAAAGCCCUGUCUGCCAAGCAGAGAACGGCUAAGAAGGCAGGGAGAGAGUUCCCUGAGGAGGACGCUGAGCAGCUCAAACAUGUCACGGAGCAGCAGGGUGUAGUGCAGAAACAACUGGAGCAGAUCCGCAAGCAGCAGAAGGAGCACGCUGAACUCAUAGAGGAGUAUCGAGUCAAACAGCAGCAGAACAAUAUGACACCCGUACUGCCUGGGAUGCACCCAAUGCCCGGCCCCGCUGGAAUGGUCCCGAGUGGACCGCCGAAUGUCCAACCUCCUCUCAACCCUAUAAUGCAGAUGCCACUUCAUCCUGGCCCGCCAAAUCCACCUCCCUGUAAUCCCAACCCACCACCCGGCUGGCACCCUGGUGCUCCCAUGCCCAUGGCGGGCCCGGGAAUGCCCCCCAUAAUGCACCCCCAAGUACCUGUGGGAAAUCCAGGUCAACCUCAUCAGAUGCCAAUAGGUAAUAUACCUCAACACUCGCAAAUGCCUGUGGAUCCCCAGGCACCACCAGCUCCACCCGGUGGUGUAAAACCCGUACAGGGAGGUGGUGUGAAGUUUGAUGACAACAACCCAUUCAGUGAAGGCUUUCAGGAGCGGGAGAGGCGGGAGAGGCUCAGGGAGCAGCAGGAGAGACAGCGGGUGCAGCUAAUGCAUGAAGUGGAACGUCAGAGAGCCCUGAAACACCGCAUGGAAAUGGAGCAACAAGGGAUGAUGGGGCCAGAGGGGAACAUGGCACCGCUCGCUCAGAUGCCGUUUUUCAACGCCGAGCUGCCACAAGACUUCAUGCAGCCCCAGAGGCCUCCUCUGCAGCAGCAACAGCAGCAACUUGCACCGAUGUUCCCCCAGCAGCAGGGCAUGCAGCCCGGCAUGGGCUCCCCGCCCGGGGCGUUCAUGCAAGGCGAAAGGAGGGCCAUGAUGGGCAAUGGGAUGAUGCACCGCGACAUGGGGCCCGGUUUGGGAUCUGAUAAUGUCGGCCUACAAGCGCCGAAUUUUGCCCAAUGUCAACAGAGACCUCGUCACUUCAGCGGGCCAGGACUGAUGCUUCCGAUGCCGGGUGAGGGUCCACCAUUUGGAGGCGACUCGGCUACGCCUCUACCGUCUAACUUUCCAGGCUCCGGUCAGUCUCUCAUCCAACUCUACUCCAACAUCAUUCCAGACGAGAAGGGCAAGAAGAAAAGGAACCGAAAAAAGAAGAAGGAUGACGACGCCGAUUCAGUGAAGACCCCUUCAACGCCUCACUCGGACCUUACAGCCCCGCUCACACCGUGUGUCUCAGACACCUCCUCUACUCCAACCAGGAACACCCAUCUGUUUGGUGAGCAGGACCUCUCAAGGUCCCCCUUACUGGGAUCCUCCACCCCCAGUCACUCAGAGCUGGAGAGGCAGCUUUCUGGAGGCCAAUCCGGACACCACGGCGUCUUGUCGGACGCAGCAAGAACCCAGGCUCAGGAACACGACAGGAUCCUUAACAACAUCAAGCUGGAGCAGAUGGAUGCCAGCGAGUGUCACGGGCCCCGGGAAGGCCCCAUCGGCUCGGAAAUGAGCUACGUGAAGCAGGAGGGUAAAAAGGGGAGUGUGUCCCCCUUCCCUGCGGGGCAAAGUCCCAACAAGGGGGAGGCGGGCAAUGAACUACUGAAACACCUUCUGAAGAACAAGAGCACACCUCCAUCUGGAUUGUCCCAGCAGAGGUCAGAGGAGACCAUGCGCCUGGAGGAGGAGGAGCUGGCAGACUGCAAAGCCCUGCUGAGGCAAAGCUCCAUGGACAGCAAUGGGGCGUACUCGGAUGGCACUCAAGACUUCGCUGGAACGGUGCUCCUUGAACAGGAGAAGAAGAAAGGGAGGAACAAGAGGGCACCGAAAGGAGGGGAGAAGACUACAUCUCGCUACAAGAAGAGGAAGAAGGAAGGGGAUGAGCGGCAACUAAUGCACUCUGGCCCCGACACUGUAAUGAGCCAAAUCAAACAGCAGCUCUCCCUGUUGCCCCUAAUGGAGCCGCUGAUUGGGGUCAACUUUGCCCACUUCGCUCCCUACGGCAGCGGCCAGCUUAAUGGAGAGAACCUCCUGUCGGGUACCUUCGGCAGCGCCUCACUCGACGGAGUGUCCGACUAUUACUCCCAGCUGGCCUACAAGCAGAGUAACCUUAGCAAUCCACCAACACCACCGGCGUCGCUUCCACCCACCCCACCACCGGUGAACCGACAGAAAAUGAUCAAUGGAUUUGCCACGACGGAAGAGCUGGCCAGCAAAGCUGCCGCCUUGGUGUCCAAAGGCCUGGUCCCGAAGCCACUACAUGUUCCGUUUAGGACUGAGGAAGACCUUCUAGCCCGGGCCAUUGCACAGGGUCCCAAGACUGUGGAUGUACCGGCCUCCCUGCCCACACCGCCUCACAACAACCAGGAGGAGCUCAGCAACAGAGGACAGGAGCCUUGCAAGGACAGGGACACACCAGACAGUUUCGUUCCAUCCUCAUCUCCUGAGAGCGUGGUCGGCAUGGAGAUCACUCGCUACCCUGACUUGUCUCUGGUGAAGGAAGAGCCACGGUCCCCAUGUCUGUCUCCGGUCCUCCCCAUGCUUCCUGCGCCUGACGGGAAAGGAUCUCAAAUCAAACUGCAGGAUAUCAAAACAGAGCCGUCGGCGAUGUUCUUCGGCUCCCCCUUUGGCUCCAUGUCUAAUGAUUCCAAACAAGGGCUGGUGUCUGUAGCUAUCACACUGAGACCAGCUGCAGCAGAGAAUAUCACAGGUGUGGUGGCAGCCAUUUCCGACCUACUGUGCGUGAAGAUCCCCAGUAGCUACGAGGUCAGCAGCACGCCAGACAGGGGGCACCCAUCAAUGCUCAGUGGGCCACGGGUGGGCCCCCACGGCAUGGAGCCUCGGCUCUUCCACGGACAAGUCGACAACGGAGGGCUUCACGGGCGGCCGGGACAGAUGAUGAGGCCCAGUGGAGCACAUGCAAUGAUGCAACAGCAGCAGGCACAUCAUUUCCGAUUCCAUCCCAACAGCCCAGGUGCAGCUCUGGCUCGAGGACCAGACCAGAGGCCCCCAGCCAGCCCGGGAUGCAAACCUCACUGGUGUUGCCAUUGUAAGGUGGUGGUUCUGGGAAAUGGAGUGCAGAAAUCCAUCAAAGAUCUCCCCGCCCACAUGAAGGAAUCUGGAGCCCGUUUGAAAUCUGAAGACCUGGUGUUCUGUAGUCACAGCUGCUUCCUUCUCUACUGUUCCUCGUCCCCCCUGCAAUCCAGAUCCACCACAGAAACUAAGGAAUCGGUGUCCCUUCUCCCCGACCCCGACCAAACCGAGAGCCUUUCCAAGAUCCUGCACCAGUACAGCAACAACAUGUCAUCGCUGGAUGUGCACUGCCUGGCCCAGCUUCAGCCUAAGCAGUCUCCCCCCUCCACUCCUCCCAUUCCCUUUCCCAUGGCAGACGAGACGGCCAAGAUGGACAUCAAGUCCGAUGCCAUCAAGGUCACGAUGAAGCUGAAGGCCCGGCCAAGGUCCCACGAUGGCUGGCACCAGGGAAAGAGACAGAAAGGACUUCGCUGGAGGAAGUGGACUGUCCAGGUGUUGGUACCAAGGGGGAACUCGCAACUCCCGGAUGAGGAUAAGAUCGACGAGCUCCUGAAGAAGCUCGGGGCCUCGCUGCGGCCCCCCGCGUCGCUCCGGGACCGCAGGCGAUGCUGCUUCUGCCACCAGUUUGGCGACGGGAUCACCGACGGCCCCGCCCGGCUCCUCAACCUCGACCUCGACGCGUGGGUUCACCUCAACUGCGCCCUGUGGUCGACGGAGGUCUACGAGACGCAGGCCGGCGCCCUGAUCAACGUGGAGCUCGCGCUGCGCCGCAGCCAGACGGUGCGCUGCGCCUACUGCCAGCAGACCGGAGCCACCAGCGGCUGCCACCGCCUGCGCUGCACCAACGUCUACCAUUUCACCUGCGCGCUGCACGCCCACUGCACCUUCUUCAAGGACAAGACCAUGCUGUGUCACGCCCACAGGCCGCGCGGGACCGCCGGGCAGGCGCUGGAGCACGAGCUGCGCUGCUUCGCCGUCUUCCGCCGCGUCUACGUCCAGAGGGACGAGGUGCGGCAGAUCGCCUCCGCCGUCCGGCAGCCAGAGCUGGGCUACACCUUUCGGGUCGGCAGCCUGGUGCUGCACGCCGUGGGACAACUGACCCCUCUGCAAAUGGCCGCCUUCCAUUCCUCGACGGCCAUCUUCCCAGUGGGCUACGAGGCUUGCCGCAUCUACUGGAGCAUGCGCCACGGCAACCGGCGCUGCCGCUACGUCUGCUCCGUCGAGGACAGAGAGGAGCUGCCGGAGUUUACCAUCAGAGUGAUCGAACAGGGCUACCAGGACCUGGUCCUGACCGACACCUCUGCUAAAGGAGUGUGGGAUAAGGUCCUCGGCCCCGUUGCGGAGAAAAGAAACGAGGCGGGCACUCUGAAGCUCUUCCCCGUUUACCUGAAAGGAGUGGACUUGUUUGGACUCACAGUCCCCGCAGUCGUCAAGAUCUCUGAAUCGCUCCCAGGAGUGGAGGCCUGCGUGCGGUACUCAUUCCGGUACGGACGCAACCCUCUUGUUGAGUUGCCUCUCAUAUUCAAUCCAGCCGGCUGUGCCCGCGCCCAACCAAGGACCAGCUCUCCCUCCACUUCUCUGGUCAUAAGGCCGCAUCCACAGGCUGUAUCCAGCAGCAGUGCCAGGUCCAACCAGAAUGUGGCCCAAGGAGAAGGUGGCGCCCCCCACAGCAAGCCCCCUGUAGUGCAUCCCAGGUCUUCUCAGUACCGCUGGAUGAAGAGCGAGUGGAGAGCCAAUGUCUACCUGGCACGCUCCCGCAUCCAGGGCUUGGGUCUGUUCGCCGCGAGGGACAUCGAGAAACAAACUAUGGUGAUCGAGUACAACGGAACCGUCCUCCGAAAUGAGGUCGCCAUCAGCAAGGAGAAGAGCUAUAAAUCUCAGAACCGAACGGUGUUCAUGUUCCGCAUCGACAGCGAACACGUGGUAGACGCCACUCGCACAGGAGGGCUGGCAAGAUACAUCAACCACUCUUGUGCCCCCAACUGUGUUGCUGAGGUGGUCACAUUUGAAAGGGGUUACAAAAUCAUCAUCAGCUGCAAUCGCAGAGUCGAAAAGGGAGAAGAGCUGUGUUUUGACUACCAGUUUGACACCGCGGAGGGUCAGCACAAGAUCGCCUGCCAGUGCGCAGCUCCCGAGUGCAGGAAGUGGAUUAACUGAGCAAAACGACAAACCUAAACGCAUUCCUCGCUGUGGUGUGUGGAUGCUGUGGUCUCUGCACCAAGAAAGAAAAGGAAAAAAGGCUUCACAUUAAGGUCAUUUUAUGAAUGAGUGCGAUGAACCCUUUUGGAGAGGUGGUUGAAUUUAAGUGUUGGUUUCAUCUUGAUCCCGGAAAGAAAACGGGGCGGAGGAAGGGAAAUGUAACACAGUAGCAGGACGUGACUCGUGCCAUAAGUGAGGGGCUCUGUUGUAUGAGAUGCCUCCAUCUGUCUGUAUGUAUCUGUGCGUUUUUUUCGGUGUACAUGGGGUGCGGAAUCCACCAGCGAAUGAGAAAGCACUGUGCAGGGUGCGGCCUUAUUGCUUACUAAGGGCAGGCCCUUUUGUUUCAUACCGUUAAUGUAUACCGUAUGACUAAAUGUAGACAUCACUGAAUGAGGAAUGUACAGCAACGAAUACCGCGAAGGGAAUAUUAACUUGCACUAAAAACAAAAAAGAAAAUAAACAACCACAAAAAAAACCACACACACAAAAACUUUUAAAAUACUUGAUUCCAUGAGUCAGUUUUAUCAUAGAUCUCUGUCAUGUGAUUUGUGUGGAAUUCGAAAGGUUUUGUAUUUAUUACUGAGUGAAUGAAUUUUAUCCUCAAAAUGAUGAGAUUGAGUUGAAGAAGGCUAGAUUGCUAUUGUUUUUGAAGAUUGAGGAAGACAUGCUGUUACUUUUUGUAUAAAUGUACAUAAAGAAAACUAUAGGAAUAACCGACCAAAUACUACCUUAACCUUCUCGAUGUUUGGGUGUUUUUUAAUUGUUUUUGUUUUGUUUGUCAUUGAAAUUUAUUUAAGAUGGACGUUAUUUCAGUUUGAGAGUAUAUAUUAUGAUUAUUCUGUACAGAAUUUGUAAUAUAACCACAAUAAUUCACAAAGUAUUUUUGUUGUAUUAAAAGUAAGGUAUUGUAGCGUAGUGUUUUGUGACUUACACAUGCUUUGACCACUCAAAAAAAGAAAUAUUUUUGUUGACUAACGUAACAAGUUAUCAGUUACAGAAUUUAAAAAAAGACUCUUCAAAUAGUAAGAGAUCAGUGUGAUCUGUUUGCUGUUAAUCAGGUUUGAUUUUAAAGAACUGUGAAUUAGGUUUUGAAACCCAAAAAUGACUUUUUAACUUUUUAACACAAAUAGGAACACCAACAUGUAUUUACCUGUUUUUGUUUCUACGUUGCUUUUAAAAAUACGGUGCAAACGUCUAAUGAUAUUGUGAGUUAGGCAAACCAGUGUGUGACGGGAGGAGUCGUAAUGGGGAACUCUUUGUGUGGAGCCGUAGGUUGUUUUAUCUUUUUUGGACAGAAAUGGCAUUCUCCUUAAUCAGAAAUAUUUCUUAUACUGACACUUCACAAGUCACAUGCUUAGAAACGGAAGAGUUUUUCGCGUGCACAAUUUCAAGUCGACUGUAAAAUUUUGGAGACAGUCUUAGAACUUGUAAUGUAUAUGGCAUGUAUUUUUUUAACUUUCCGAAGACUCAAUUGUAUAUAUUUUCUCAAUGAAUGGUUGUAACAAAAUUGUUUCUUGGAUAUUUUUCUUCUCUUGUAUGAUAUUACAUCAUCCUGCCAGUGUGUUUGUGCUACAUAUUCUUGGUUGUGUAGUCAGUUAUUUUUCUUUUGUUCCUUUUUUUUUUUUUUUUUUGAAAAUGCCUUUUAAAGUGUACAGAGUAUGAGGUUUGGAGUUUGUGGAAUUGAAUUUAGAAACAUUUACAAAAAUAAACUAUUUUACAUGUUA